ACGAAGUUUAUGAAUUGAAAGAGAAAUUAGAAUCUGAAAAGAUAGCGCAGUCUGAGUUGGAUAAAAGGAUUUGUGAUCUCGAAGACAGGGUGUUAAAUCUUGAGAACAAAACUUGUCCUAGUGACAGUGAUGAAGAGUACGAAUAUUCCAAUAUAGUUGACUUGUCAUUGAACAAAGACAAAUCUGUUCCUCCAUUUGUGAUCUUGCCUGACAAAUUAAAUCACCCUGUAAUUCGACGGCACGAAGUUGAUGAGGUAAUCCAGACUUUAAAUGAUCUUAGAGUUAUGCACGACGAUAAAAUCACUUCGGUUUUUAUAAUUGGGGAACCUUUGUCAGGGAAGACAGAAUGUGGCAGGAAGAUUGGUGAAGCUCUUUCCAAACACAAUUCAAUUGUUGCAGUAAUUAAGUGUGAUACCUAUCAAAAUUUUACCUCUUCGUUAAAGCAACUCGCUAAAAGACUUGGAUACAGUCAGAUAAACUUCCCUUCUCUUCACAAGGCAUCCGUUGCAUCCCAAAUUGAAAUACUUUCGUUGUUCAUAAAGGAAAAAAUAUCUGGGGAGUCGCCAUGGGUAAUAAUUUUGGACGAAGUGUUGGAGGAAACCAAAGAAUUGUUAACUUAUCUUCCUCAGCCUGGAGAUCUAGGUAAUAAUACAAACCAUUUUUAUUUACCUCAAGGCUAUAUUUCAACGUUUUUACUAGUAUUUGUUGUUACCACUACAGUAAAUAUUCUCACUGACUGGCAAUAUACAUACCCGAUUGUAUAGUGCUUUGUUUAUUAAUUGACACCAUGUCUUUACAGAUUUUUGUCGCCAAGGUUCUUGGACAUACACUCCUGAACAAAACAUCGGCGACGCUUCUAUUUAUAUGACGCAAAUUUAGAAAAACCGACUCACUUGCCCCAACAUACCAUUCAAUGCUAAUUGUGUUUCUAGAAUGUGCUUAAAAAAUUGUAGUAUGUCUAACACUGUUUUUGGCGGGCGGGGAGCUAGCUAGGGAAGGGUAAAUUAUUCCAGUCCAAUAGUAGAACAGCCACAGAAGAGUGUGGCUUAUGAACUUGGCCAGGAUUGUAGAAUCUAUCGUCGAGCCUCGGCUUUAUAGCUAACAUGACGUAAUAUUACUUUCGGUUACAUGUAUAUUUCCAAGGGCAAAUCCACGGAGGGAAAUAUCAUCACUAAAGGUUAUAUUUUUCCAAAUCUCCCGUUCAGUGCAAAUGAAUAAACAUUAGAGAGUUUAAGCUUUGCGUUAUACGGGAAACGACAAACGCCAGGCAAAGGAAAAUUUUACGGUAUCAGGCAAUAAAGAGUAAAUGAACUUGGCACUUGUUGUUUUAAAACUGCAAUGCAUGACUACUCUUUCGACACAAGAAAGAAAAUAUGAAAUGAAAACGUUCAACGAAAAUUUUGCCAAGAAAGUUCGAACCAGCCGUUUGCCGUUACCGGAAACGCGAAGCUUAAACUCCCUAAUUAACACUAAGUUGAAAACGUCAACACUUCAAUGCUCGAAACAGGUCUCAGGAAAUGGUUACAAAGGUUAAAGCUAUACUAUCUGACACCCCUAGUGUUGAACAGUUGUUACAAGAGUAAGAUGGCAAUUUUAUCUGUUAAGAACGCAGUUCUAGAUGCCGUAGUAACACGUCACAUGUGGAAUGCGCUACCCGGUUAUAUGACAAGAAAUCCACUCUUAUUAAUAUUUUGUAAAUCCAUUAUAUUCAUAGGUACAGGACAAAUCGUUGUCACUACGCAUGAUCGCUCUUUGGUGACAGAUAAUCCAUGUUCCAUUCCAGUGGUUCUCGAUAGAUUGACUCUAAACGAAUCGCUGCAGCUACUUUUCCUACUUGUUGGUAAUAUCCCGCAAGACUUAGCUCAAUUUGUAUCAGAAAAAUUGGAGUUCCAACCGGCUCUUCUUGUGUCGGCAGCAAAAUGCGUGAAGCAACUGUCAGCAAAAAAGAAACAGUCCGUGGUACAAACCUGGAGAGAAAGGUUGGAGAAUAUAAAGAGUCGGUAUAAGGAAGAGGAAUGGCCUUACUAUAUCGCUGCAAUGGAUGAAACAACGCGCUCCAUGUUGGAGUCUGUUAUCAAGACGGUUGUGAAACGAAGCAACGUUAUCGAAGAAUGCUUUCAUUUGCUAGUAUUGGCAAAGGGAUCUUACCUCUCUCGUGACGUUGUCACGAGAUUCCUCGCAAGUCAAUUGAACAUUACGAAGAGAGAAGCUGAGCUCUCACUUCGUGAAUCACCACUAAUACGUAUAUGCGGUAAUGAUGGCCUUGCUAUCAGUGGUGUAAUUUAUAAACUAUUGUGUGAUCUAUUUGCGCCCGUUGUAAGGACCGAACGAAUGAUCCAUCGUUUAAGGAAACUUUGCAAAUUUUUCCUGUUAAGCACGCACGACACAGUUGUCGCUAAGGUGUUCAAAUUAAUGUCUCCAAAGAUUAUGCAAUACUUAGCUUUGCUGGAUCUCUGCUUUCCUGACUAUGAGGAACUGAGGAGUCUACAUCAUGAGUUGGGGAAAGCAUUCCUGUGUGUUUCGGUGGACUAUGGCUCUGCAGUGCGCUGUUUCACAAAGGCAAUUUCAAUUUUCGAGGGAUCAAAUGACAUUACUCAUCCUGAAUACGCGCAGUUGUUGAACAGUUUAGGGAACGUUUUACGCUUAACAGGAAGUAUGGAGGAUGCAUGCAAGUAUCUGAGCAAGUCAUUGAAGCUAUUGAAGGAGAUAUCACGUGGUAAUGUCAGCGAGGACAUUGCGAGUUGUUUGAGUAGCUUGGGUCUGGUGUGUCUCUCGCAAGGUAAUGAUAACGUAUCAGAUGGCCAAAUCAUAAAUACGUCCGAUGCAGAGCUGCGCUAACAAUUCUGCAUAAGUCCGAUGCAGAGCGGCGCUAACAAUUCUGGCAAAGUCAUUGCCGAUUUCCAUAGGGCCGAAUAUUAACUAUUGUUUCCUAAUGUCGAACGUUCACCAUUACACGUCCCUAAACUUCUAUCUGCACGUAAGCAUAUUUGUUAUUGAAAAUACUGUAUAAUCUAUUUUUAUUCCAACUAUAAUGAAAAUCUCUGCUAAUUAACUAAUCGAAAAUUCCCACUUAGAUAAUUGGAAUUCUGCCAUAGAAACAGAUGAGUUCGAAAAGAUCAUCCUCCCCAAAAUAUUUCCUCAUAAUUAUUAAUAUCCUCAUAACGACCCCUCUGAUUUCGCUUACUACAGUAUAUGGUAGUUAAGUUAUUGAUGUGUGAAUAUUGGUGAAACAUAGAGGAUUUUGCCCAAUAAUCAUAUAAAUAUUGCCUGUACAGGCCAUACUUGCGUACAAAUUUCAUCUCGUAUCAGUAAUAAUUAAUUAGCAAGUUAGCAAACAGUAGUUUAUGGUUUCUUUAUACAGCCAAUUCAAAAAAGGUUGUCCUUUGCAAACCUUAAACUCUAAACCUUAAAUCUUAAACACUAAGCGCGCAAGGCUUAAUGGGAACACAAGUUUCAAGCUUGGUAGUUGAAUAUUUGCGCUAUUUGUGAAUGAAUUGCUCUCGUCAGGCGAAUUAUCCUGCGCGCAAUGCAAAAUGUAAACAAGACACGUUUUAUAGAUUUUGCAUUAUAAACUGUGUAAGCUGAAUUCAGUUGUAGUAACUUCCAAUAUAUAUUUUACAUUCGUACUUCAGCAUUCAGUUUACUUCAGGCUAUUAUUGCCACACAUGUUAGUAUUUAUUUCCGGAAAAUUCAAAUAUUUCCCGCUAAGGAUAAUGAUAAUUAAUGGUAUAAUAGUCUUUAUAUGAGUACCUGAAUAGACCCAAGUUUACAUCAAGUGUCCCAACAAAUCCAAAUAUGUACCAUAAAUAAAAGUCGCGGUUACCAAGCCUCCAACGGAAAGUGAUCCCCCAAACAUUUCUGCUGUGCGCGUGCCAUGGAGAGUGCGUGCAAUGGCACGCCAUGCGUAGGAUAUUGAUCUAGUGCUAGGAAUGAUCAAAAUUUAAAUAACAUGACUUUAAGUAUUGAUAAAUGAGAUGUCAUAUCAAACCGAUAAAUUCAAACUUUAAAGACCAUGUAAAGUCCGUUCUGCGCAUACGCUCUGCGCAGGCUUACAUUGCAAUGGUCGGGACCCGAUCGUUGGAAUGUUAUUAAUAUUUCAUAUCUUUUGAACUUUCUUGAAUUGAAUCUCUAGUCUGUAUUCAUUUACAAGCAUAGUGAACCAGAAGAGUGUUAAAAUUUCAGUAUAAUAUCUAUCUAAUCAUAUUUUACAACUGUUGCACUGAGUUUAAAAUGUAAACAAAGCGUUUGUUUACAUUACGGACUUUACAUGGUCUUUAACGGAUAUCCAGUAAAGUCCUGAUAGUCCUGAAAAUUCGAGUGUAAUUUUUUCCAUACAUUUAUUAGAACUAACCUGGAUAAUCAACUGAGCUACAGACUUCGGUUGUCGAGUAUAUUAUAUAUGAACUUGGCGUUAGAGUUGGACAACCGGGCUUUGUAUCCCCGCUGGUUAGAGCGCUGCACAGGAAUCGUAUGGCAGCCGGUUCGAUUCCCACAAGAUGGCAUAUAGUUAAAUUUUUCACAACUGCCCCUGGUUACAAAACCCUGCUACAAUUAAUUCAAUCUAGUAAGAUGAUCAAAAUCGUGAUAGCAAUUCAUCAUUUUCCCUGUUUCAUUUUAGGUGACCUGGAUCGUGCUCGAGAGUUGCACCAUCGUGCGCUAGCAAUCCGUGAACAGCUCCACGGCAACGAUCAUAUCGCGACAGCAACGAGCCUCAACAACAUCGGUGGUGUAUAUCACGAGCGAGGCGAUUUGGCGACCGCGAAGAAUUACUAUUGGCAAGCCCUUGAGAUAAAAGGCCGAAAUUAUGGUUGGGAUUUUCCUCAUAUGGCCAACAGCUUCAACAAUAUCGCCGAGAUUUCACACGAGCAAGGUGACCUAUGUGGGGCAAUAUCUAUCCACAAACGCGCUUUGAAGAUUCGUCAGCGUCUCUAUGGCGACGAUCACCCGGAUAUUGCUGACAGCUUGAAUAAUAUCGGGGUAAUAUACCACAAGCGUGAGGAACUAUCUGCCGCUCGGAAGUAUCACACCAGGGCUCUAGGUAUACGAAAGAAGGUCUAUGGGGAGGACCAUUUAGAAGUCGCAUGCUCGCUAAACAGCCUUGGUGAAGUUUGCUAUGACGAAGGUACAGUAUUUGCGUUUGUAUUUGGUAAUAAUUAAACAAGUUUGUCUCUCAACCGUCCAGAAGACAUGAAAUGGUUAAUUUUCUUACAGCGACUGAUAAUGAAAUUAAUUGAUACUCAUAGUAAUCUACAAUAACUUAAUGGGCAAUGAGUUGGAAUGAUUUCUGUGCUUCUCGUGUGCUUGAAAAGGAAAGCAAGCUAGGAAACGUAAAUGAACAAUCUACAAAGGCUGUGUGAGGCAUCUUUCCACCCUGUCAGUCGCGUUUAUCUUGCUCGCGGUUCCUAUGAUUUUAUCCUCAUUUAGGAUGCAAUGUCAUUAAAUAAGAGUUUUGAAAUGUAGUCCGGCCGCUCAGCACGUUGCAUGCAUUGUUAGUUGCAACGUCUUACAAUUCCAUAUAACCUGCUAGGUUUAUAAGUUUACGCACAUAGAAUGGCGCUAAUACUAACCAUGUACAAUCCCAGUAAGUCAUUACCAAAGCCUGGGUGCAUCCUGAAGAAAUUUCCCAAGUUUCCCGUCAAACAUAGAGGAAUACGACGACAUUCCUAACAUCGUGAAAUUAACAGAUUGGGAAUAGCGAUAUUUGAUUGGUCCGCGAGAAAUUAUGCUGAGAUGAGCUAAUAAGUGUUUGAUAUCUUGGUAGUGAAACUAGGUGUAUUGCUAAACUUUUUGACAUGAAAUCAUGACAAGAUUUUUCGCCAUAUUUGUUUUGUUUUGAAGCAUUCUGUGACUUGAGGACUGCUUUAAACUGAUUGGUUGAUUUUAUCAUCACAUUGUCUUUCCACCAUUAGAUCAGUUUGUUAAAAUUACAGAAAAUUGCACUGUGAUCACAGAAAAUUUCACUGUGAUUACAGAAAAUUACAGUGUGAUUACAAAUUUUGCUCUGCUAUUUGAGACUAACUGCACUGAAAUCAACCAAUCACAGUCGAGCACUAUUUUUAUGUAUAUUAUUAUGUCGGAAACAAUGGAUUAAUAAGGAUGUGACUACCUGAAAAAUACAAGGAGACCCUUGGCGAGGAGUUCUCCUUGUUCUCUUCAGGUAGUUGCAUCCCUAUCAAUCCGAAGUUUUCUUAUUAUUAGCAUUACCUACACUGGCACAGAUCGUUCUUGAUAAUGUCACUCGUUUCAGUUAUUUCACCUGUACUGUUAUGACCUUGUUAGGUGACCUGGCAGCCGCUGAAGAGAAUCAUAUCCAGGCACUACGCAUUCGACAGCGAUAUUCGGUGACGUCAUGGCAUGCUGAGGUCAUCACAAGCUUGCAUAACCUGAUGAUGGUGUACAUUGCUGAUCAAAAGAUUUCCAUAGCAACGGAUUAUGCUUACGAAGUCUUCAAGGUUUGUCAAAAAAUCCACGGUAUGCGGGAUGCCAGGACUGUGGAAGCUUUCAGGAAGUUGACUGAACUCUCGAAACGUUCAUCUCAAGGACGGGGCUUUGAUUUUUCUCUUGCUGCUAAUGAAUAUGUUGAAAGACUGUCGUGUCUAUAAAGAUAUACCCUUCGCUGUUUAAGGCGGUGCCCAUCAAAUCAGGUUGUAAUAGCUGAAUGUCAUUAUUACAUGUAAGAUGCAAAGGAAUGGAAUCGUUUAGAAAGUUUACUGUUCUCUCAUAACGUGAGACUCGUCACGUCCAAACGUUAAUGGGUCUCUGCCCGCAUGUUCAAGAAUAUUUUAGAACAGAUUGUUGUUGACAACCUGAACAAAAAUAAGUGAAAUUUUAUCAUGGGUUAAAAAUAGGAUAAAAAUAAUAUGGCUUAAAAAAUUAUUUAGAACUAUUAAAGAGAAGACUAUUAUUUAAGAACAAUUCAAAGUCGUUUCACUGCUUUUUUUGAGAACCAAAUGUUGUUUAGUGCGAAAAUCAUUGUGAGUCGAAAGAGGUGAUCAAAAUGAAAUCAAUAAUAAAAUAUUUAUUGAAUUCGGUUUCUGUGAUAUCCCAAGUUAUCAUGCAUAGCUUCGGUAAGUGUUAUCUGCCUCGCCUACUGCUCGACUGAUAACAUUUACCUGGAUAAUUUCGCAUACCAUAGAAACCUCAUCCAUGCAACAAGUGUUUAUUAAUACUUUGGCCUUCUAGAUACAUGUUUUUGAAAUUCUCCUUUGGUAAAUGUAUGCAUUGCUGGACUCCACGUUUACUAUUGUCUUCAUUGAAAGUGAUAUAGAGUCACACCGUAGCUCCUUGCAUAUUUUGUCGACACGAGCACAAUCGCUCCUUCAAGAUAAACUAUUAUUUUCUUUCAGAUAAUGUAUCUAGUGCCAUUCCUCUUCUAGUACGAUCAUUCGGUUACAAUUGUUUAUCAAGAGGGAAUAUGUUACCUUUUGCAACAUCAGCAGAUUAUAUUGACCUGGGUGGCAGUAACAUUAUCCCACGGGUAUAUAGGGAGCCACGUUACGACGUUAGAUCAAGGACAGUUGAAGAAGACACUAGAUUGGAGUUUCCAAAAUUUGUUCGGGAAUGCAGGUUGUUCUAGAACUAUAUUCAUGUAGUUCUAGAAGCAUUUCCUACCUCAGAGACCAAAAAUGAUUUUCCACACUCGGCAUGACCUUCCUGGCCAUUUGGGUAAUUUUUCUAUUGUCAUAAUGUUGGGCGGUUGUACGAAGGCCGAGUAACGCUAUCCACGCGAUGAUUUUUCCAAGCAUCCUAAAAUUCACCGCUGAUUAAACCGAAUUAAACUUUAGUAGUUAUAAUUGUCCGUAUUCCAGUUUUAUAGCUGUUGAAAAUAUCACUAUCCGGUGGACAGCGCUAUCCAGCCUUUGUAUAACCUGCCCAUGAUGUUAAUGUAACACAUUUGUUGUUUGAGUUAAAAUUAAAUUA